AAAUAACGAGGUUACUACCUCUGCUUAACAUAGUAUUUCAUAAAGCAGUUCAGUUUUCUCUUUGCUACAUACGAGGAGAGCAGAUAAUUGGUGUGUAAAAAUGAUGUCAAACAUAGCACGGAGAGGCUUCAAUUACAAGCAGCCACUAGCAAGAGCAACUCAUGUGAUAGAAAUUCGGCAGAAUCGUGUUAUUGAUGGCGUAAAGAUGAUGUCCGCUGCACCACAACAAAGAUACGAUUUGCUCGAAAAAACAACGGAAUUGUUAAAAUCUGGUCAAGAGAGUGUGAUAAAGGCAUCACUUGAAUAUCUUCAAGUAAAAGCAAAGAUUACGGGAGAACUUGCACUGGCUUUUAAUCGAAGUACUAUAGCAACCUCAACUCUUCUUGGAGUGCCUUGGGGACACAGUUCAUCAUUCGUCGAAGGCCCUGCAAUAUUUCUUCAUCCUCGCAUUAGGAAGGCCAUUUGGCAUGGUAGCACAGACUCAAUAACUGAUAAAGGCAAGAAUUUAAACGACCCACAUGUGAUAGCUGAUGUUGGUGAUGUCCCUGUCCAAGAUAUUCGAGAUUUUGGAGUCAAAGAUGACAGAUUAACGAAGUUAAUUAGAGAUUCUGUCAAGAUUGUGAUGGAUCAGCCUACAUUGCGUCCCUUAGUUUUGGGAUGUGAUCAAUCCGUAUCAUUAUCUGUUGUUAGAACUAUAUAUGAGCAGCUUGCCGGUCCUGUUGAUGUUCUUCAUUUUGGUGCACAUCUUGAUCAUGAGAAUCCCUUAGUUCAAUCCAAGGAGAAGGGCUAUGUGAACCGACUAGUGCAGGUCGGUUUGCGAUCAAUAACACCUGAAGGACGUAAAGAAGCCAAAAAAAAUAAUGCAGAGAUACAUGAAAUGAAAGAUUUUGAAAAAGAACGCCAUGAUUUAGAGAAACUGAAACUAGGAGUUGGUGAAGGUGUUAAAGGAGUAUAUGUAUCAAUAGAUGUGGAUUGUCUUGAUCAUGAUUACGCUAGAGAAGUGUCUUUACAUGAAUCAAGGGCACUUUCUUUACAAGAUGUUCUCAAUAUUCUUCAAAAUCUCGAAGGUGAUAUCGUUGGUGGAGAUGUUGUCGAGUACAACCCACAACAUGAUGAUACUAAUUAUAAGACGACUGCCCGGGUUACUGCUAAACUGAUCAAAGAAUUAGCGGCAAAAAUGUCCAAAUGAUGAAUCCAUCUCUGAACUGCCAUCUGCUAUUUGAAUUAUUGCGUUCUUUUUAAUUUUGUUUUGUGUCGACUAUGGCGAUACUUAAAAUACGGAGCAACUCUUCGCAGAAGACACUCAGUUCCAAUAAAAUAAGAGUUAUGUGUAUUUGUGUUUUAGGCUUUAGCAGGUCUACUCAAAAUCACAUAACAUUUGUGUAUUUGUUUUUAAUUAAGUUGUUUUGAAUUAAUUCUACGUU